AUGGCUUCCGCUUCCAUUGUCGCGCAUUCUCUUCCGGCCCUCCCCGAGGGCUGGUCGGCUGAGAAGGACUUCAAGGCCGUUGGUUCAGUCUCCGCUGCCACUCAGCGCAGCCUUGAGCCUGUCGGCCCUCACUUCCUGGCUCAUGCCCGCCGCGCCCGCCACAAGCGCACUUUCUCCGAGGACGACCGUAUCCAGGCUCAAGAGGCCGCUAAAAAGGUUGAGAACGAUGACGACAGCGACAUUAGCGAGCCGGAGGACCCCAUGCUCCUCCAACGCGAUGCCAAGGACUGGAAGAAUCAAGAUCACUACGAAGUUCUCGGCAUUACCAAGUACCGCUGGAAGGCUACGGAAGAUCAGAUCAAGCGCGCCCAUCGCAAGAAGGUCCUCAAGCACCACCCUGAUAAGAAGGCUGCUGCCGGUGUCGUCGACGACGACAACUUCUUCAAGUGCAUUCAGAAGGCCACCGAAGUACUUCUUGACCCUGUCAAGCGUCGCCAGUUCGACUCGGUUGACGAGAAGGCCGAUGUGGACCCUCCCACCAAAAAGCAGCUUGCCAAGGGCAACUUCUACAAGCUUUGGGGCAAUGUCUUCAAGUCCGAGUCACGUUUCUCUACAACCCAACCUGUUCCCACAUUCGGCGAUGACAAGUCUACCAAGGACGAAGUCGAGGAGUUUUACAACUUCUGGUACAAUUUCGAGAGCUGGAGGACGUUUGAGUACUUGGAUGAGGAUGUCCCCGAUGACAACGAAAACAGAGAUCAGAAACGUCACACUGAGCGCAAGAAUGCCAACGCCCGCAAGAAGAAGAAGGCUGAGGACAAUGCUCGUCUCCGCAAGCUGCUCGACGACUGUUCUGCCGGCGACGAGCGAAUUAAGCGUUUCAGACAGGAAGCCAACGCUGCGAAGAACAAGAAGAGACUUGACAAGGAGGCGGCCGAGAAAAAGGCUGUGGAGGAUGCGCGCCUGAAGAAGGAGGCUGAAGAGAAGGCGGCCAAGGAGGCCGAGGAGAAGGCCAAGCAGGACCGCGAAGCGUCCAAGAAAGCCAAGGAGGCUGCCAAGAGCGCUCUCAAGAAGAACAAGCGUGCUCUCAAGGGUUCCGUCAAGGAGGCGAACUACUUCGUGCCGGGCGAGGCCUCGCCUGCGACGAUCGAUAACGUCUUGGGUGACGUUGAACUUGUCCAGGGCAAAAUUGAUACCGAUGAGAUUGCAGCCCUGGCCAACAAGCUCAACGGCCUCAAGGUUGCCGAUGAGAUCAAGAGCGUUUGGAGCGAGGAGGUCAAGAGACUUGUUGGUGCUGGAAAGCUUAAGGAUGGGGAUGCCAAGACCCUGGCCUAG